GUGCUGCAUCAGUCACUGAGACCUGUGUCAUUGUCCUUGUUAUGAGAAUAGCUGAAGUCAGGGAGAAAGAAAGACAGAAGGCAAUAGAGGAGAUAAUAUACUCCUUGAUUGUGCAUAAGUUCAUGGAUAAUGACAUCUUGAUGAUCCCUACAAUAUCGGUGCCAGCAGAUCCAGCUAUUAGGGUGGAUUACUGGCCAAACCAAGAACAGAAACUGGAAUCUGUCCACUCCCCUGAAGCCUUUGAGAUGAUACAGAGCCACUUAUCUCUUGUUCUUGGGGAACGGCUUGUGGGCCCACUUGAUACCAUUGUCCAGAUCAGCAAGCUUAAACUUGGGAAGCUUUACGCUGCUUCUAUGAUGUAUGGUUAUUUCCUCAAAAGAGUUGAUCAGAGAUUCCAAUUGGAGAGAACCAUGAAAACUCUUCCAGAAGGUAUGGAGAAAGACCAGGCAAUCUACAAGGAUCCAGCAGCUGAAUACCAGCUCUGGGACCCCGAUUCAUUGAUCCGGGUGCCACCAGACGACGGUGAUGGUGGUGGUAAAGGAGGUUUAUCAGAUUCAGGUGCAGCCAGGUCCUACAGAUUGAGGUCCUAUGUCAUGUACUUGGAUUCAGAGACAUUGCAGAGAUAUGCGACCAUAAGAUCGAAGGAAGCUAUUUCUCUGAUUGAGAAACAGACACAGGCCUUGUUUGGUAGGCCUGAUAUUAGGAUUUCGGAGGAUGGUUCUCUUGAUACAACUAAUGAUGAGGUUGUUGGUAUUACGUUUUCUGGUCUGACCAUGCUGGUGUUAGAGGCAGUCGCGUUUGGGUCAUUUUUAUGGGAUGCUGAAGGUUAUGUAGAAUCAAAAUAUCACUUUUUCACAAACUGAAACACACAUGAAAAUAUGUCGUAUAUUGUAAUGUAUUCUUCAAACAGAAUGAUGGUUCAGCAUGUAAGUAAAUAUGAUAGUUGAGUCUU